AAAACGCAAACACCGAUACGCAACUCCACAGCCGUCGCGACCUUUCCUUCUCCGAAUUCCCUCUCUCUCUCUCUCUCUCUCUAAAGACACAUAUAUUGAUUGAUUGUGUAUAUACAUAUCGGUUCUAUUUAUCUAUCUAUAAUUAAACGUUAAUCGUUAAAGAUUAGCAAUUUGAACUGUUGUUGUAAUCGGAGUUUGAUGAUGAUUUCAAUGGCGGUGGGAGUGGAUUCGCCGGAGACAAGUAGGGUUUCCGGAGUUGCGAUGGAGUUUCCGGCGACCGAUGAUACGGCGUCGCCGCCGAGGAUUCCCCGGAGGCUUCGGAGGAGGCUUUUGGAGACCAAAACCUCUCCAUCGACUGUCGAAGAAAUCGAAGCCAAGCUUCGAGAUGCCGAUCUUCGUAGACAGAAAUUCUACGAGAACUUGUCAAGUAAGGCUCGUCCGAAGCCAAGAAGUCCUUCGCAGUCUUCAUCCCAUGAAGAAGACCUAGGACAGCGCCUUGAGGCAAAGCUCCAAGCUGCUGAGCAGAAAAGGUUGAGCAUUCUGGCAAAGGCUCAGAUGCGCCUAGCUAAGUUGGAUGAGUUGCGGCAAGCUGCUAAAACUGGAGUAGAAAUGCGUUUUAAGAAGGAACGUGCAGAGCUAGGUACAAAAGUGGAGUCGCGGGUUCGACAGGCUGAAGCAAAUCGAAUGCUUAUUCUUAAGGCUUACAGGCAACGCAGGGCCACUCUGAAGGAGAGGACAUCUCAAUCAUUAUUACGGAGGAUGGCUCGAGAAAAUAAGUAUAAGGAGCGUGUGCGUGCUGCAAUUUCCCAAAAGCGUGCAGCUGCUGAGAAGAAGCGAUUAGGGUUGCUGGAAGAAGAGAAGAAGAGGGCACGUGCUAGGAUGCUGCAAGUGCGAAAGAUCGCCAAAUCUGUAUCCUACCAGCGAGAGAUUGAGAGGAGAAAAAUGCAAGACAAGUUGGAGGACAAACUGCAAAGGGCGAAGAGACAAAGAGCAGAAUAUCUAAGUCAGAGAAGAAGGCUUCAUAACUCUGUUCAUGUUGAUUGGAAUAUGCACAAGCAGGCUGACCUUCUCUCUAGAAAGUUGGCAAGGUGCUGGAGACAUUUCGUUAAGCUGAACAAGACUACCUUAGAUUUGGCAAAAGCUUAUGAUGCUUUGAAUAUUAAUGAAAGAUGUAUGGAAUUGAUGCCAUUUGAGCAGCUUGCUCGUCGUAUUGAAUCACCUGCUACCCUUCAGACAGUAAAAGCUUUACUUGACCGUCUUGAGAGCCGCUAUAAGCUGUCAAAACCUGUUGUUGCUACCAGUAAUCCUUCUAGUUGGGAUGACAUUGACCAUCUUCUUAAGCGAGUUGUUUCCCCAAACAGGAGGCGUACACCCAGGAAAUCACCUACCCAGAGCAAAGAUGCCAAGAGACCAGUGUCUGUUAGAGAAGUUGCCAAGAGUCCUGUUAAAUUGUCAAGGUACCAGGUGAGAGUUGUGCUAUGUGCUUAUAUGAUACUGGGCCAUCCAGAUGCAGUUUUCAGUGGCCAAGGAGAACGUGAAAUUGCUCUGGCCAAGUCUGCUGAAAAGUUUGUUCGAGAGUUUGAGUUGUUAAUGAAGAUAAUACUAAAUGGGCCUAUACAGAAUUCUGAUGAAGUGUCUGGCCCUGAACAAUCAAGACGUUUGACCUUCAAGUCUCAGCUUGCAGCUUUUGAUGCAGCAUGGUGCUCCUACUUGAACAGCUUUGUUGCGUGGAAGGUUAAGGAUGCUCAAUCGUUGGAGGAGGAUUUGGUGAAAGCUGCCUGUCAUCUUGAGCUGUCUAUGAUCCAGAAGUGCAAGAUGACUCCAGAUGGGGAUAGUGAUGGUGAUCUAACUCAUGACAUGAAAGCUAUUCAGAAACAGGUCACUGACGAUCAGAAACUUUUGAGGGAGAAAGUGCGUCAUCUCAGUGGAGAUGCUGGGAUUGAACGAAUGGAAUGUGCUCUUUCUGACACAAGAACCAAAUAUUUCCAAGCAAAGAAGAAUGGAAAUCAUCAUCCAGUAGGGUCUCCCCCAAUCAUGCAUAUUCCAUCUCCAAACCCACCUAUUUCCCCAGCUUUUACUUCUAUUUCUAACUCAGAUAAAAGAGGUAGUACAAUCGAAGGUAUUCAGAAGCCAAGUCCUGUUGUUCGCUCCUUAUUUCAAGAUGACUAUCGUUCUCAACUCAAAGAAGUCAGCUCAUCUGCUUCUAGCAGCAGUAUGAACCAACUCCAUGAGUCUGACGAGAAGUUGGCCAUGGAGAAUGAAUUGAUGGUGAAUGAAGUUCUUCAUGAGCUUACAUUUGCAGAUAGUUUGAAUGUCACUCCUGAAGACCAAAGCAGCAUGAAGGCAAAGAUAAAAGAGACAAUGGAAAAGGCUUUCUGGGAUGGCAUCACAGAAUCUAUGAAACAGGAUGAGCCUAAUUAUGACCGGGUUGUUGAACUAAUGAGGGAAGUGAGAGAUGGAUUCUGUGAGAUGGCUCCUCAGAACUGGAAAGAAGAGAUUUUUGGAGCUAUUGAUCUGGACAUUCUCUCUCAGGUGCUGAAUUUGGGUAAGCUAGACAUGGAUUAUCUUGGAAAGAUUCUGGAUUUUGCAUUGAUCACUUUGCAGAAGCUUUCUGCUCCAGCGAAGGAGGAUGAACUAAAGGUUGCCCACCUGAAAUUGCUGAAAGAACUAGCUGAGAUUUGUCAAGCUGGAAAUGGAUCAAACCAAUCAUACAUUGUUGCGUUGAUCAAGGGUUUGCGCUUUGUCUUGGAGCAAAUACAGGCACUCAAGCAAGAGAUCAGCAAAGCACGUAUAAAAAUUAUGCAACCACUUCUAAAGGGGCCUGCCGGUUUGGAGUAUCUGAAAAAUGCUUUUGCCAAACAUCACGGACCUCCCUCUGAUGCCUCUACUGCUCUACCUUUGACAACGAGGUGGCUUUCGUCUGUGUGGGAUAGCAAAGAUCAGGAAUGGCACGAACACACAAAUGCACUCUUGGAGUUGACGAGGCGUAAUGAAAGUUCUUCUCAGAGGCUUCUUCUUUCCACCACACUCAGAACGGGUGGAAGCAUAGUCAAAACAAGUGGAAGCCAACUGACUUCAGUCCCUUCUACCAGCAAAAAUGCAACAAAUGCAACAGGAUCAGAUAAUAAACUAGAAUGCAAGGGAGAGAAGGUUGAUUUGUUAGUGAGGCUUGGCUUGUUGAAGUUAGUGACUGGUGUAUCUGGGCUAACACAAGAAGCUUUGCCUGAAACUCUGAAGCUCAAUCUCUCUAGGCUUAGGGCUGUUCAAGCCCAACUUCAGAAGAUCAUUGUAAUUUCUACGAGCAUUCUAGUUCUUCGGCAAACUCUCCUCAGUGAGCAGAUAGUACGCAACCCGGCAGACUUGGAAAACAUAAUAUUGAGCUGUGUUAAGCAACUUUCCGAGCUUCUGGACUCCGUUGAGGACGCUGGAAUCAAGGAAAUCACUGAACUACUUGGUACAUUUACACAAGGUGAUGACAAAACCGGUGACACCUUAAAACUCGAGUCCCGGAAGAAUGUUAUGGCGAGGUUGUUAAUGAAAAGCUUGCAAGCCGGGGACCCAAUUUUUGUUCGGGUGUCCCGUGCUGUUUAUUUAGCUGUUAGAGGAGUUGUUCUUGGGGGAAAUGGGCCGGGAGGAAGAGCAUUGGCAGAGAUGGCACUCCGCCAGGUGGGUGCAGCUUCUCUACUCGAUAUGGUGAUGGGAUCUAGUGAAGUGGUGUUGGUAGCGGCUACGGUGUCCUGCGGUGUCCAUGGCCCAUGGUAUGUUCAUUUGAUUGAGAAGAUGUGAUGGUGAUGGGUUAAACCUAAUAAAUCUUUUUUAGGUCCACUUUGUACAUUUUAGUUGUUGAUUCUUCUUAUCUUGUAUAAAUUGAAUGGUAGAUUUCUGUCUGUAUAUGAAAAAAAUGCUCUGUUACUUUGUACUACUA